GGGGCGGGACUUCCGGAAACGAAGUCCUGGUAAGCGGCUGCGCGAGGGCGAGAACUUCCUUUUGUGGGUUGUGGCGCUCACGAAGACAGCGUUAUGAAGGCCUCGGGAACGCUGCGAGAGUACAAGGUGGUGGGGCGCUGCCUGCCCACCCCCAAGUGCCACACGCCUCCCCUCUACCGCAUGCGCAUCUUUGCACCUAAUCAUGUUGUUGCCAAGUCCCGCUUCUGGUACUUUGUGUCUCAGCUGAAGAAGAUGAAGAAAUCUUCAGGGGAAAUCGUCUACUGUGGGCAGGUGUUCGAAAAAUCCCCACUUCGGGUGAAGAACUUUGGAAUCUGGCUGCGCUACGACUCCCGCAGUGGAACCCACAACAUGUACCGGGAGUAUCGGGACUUGACCACCGCAGGCGCUGUCACCCAGUGCUACCGAGACAUGGGGGCCCGGCAUCGUGCCCGUGCCCACUCGAUCCAGAUCAUGAAGGUGGAGGAGAUUGCGGCCAGCAAGUGCCGCAGGCCGGCAGUCAAGCAGUUCCAUGACUCCAAGAUCAAGUUCCCACUGCCCCACCGGGUCCUUCGUCGCCAGCACAAGCCACGCUUCACCACUAAGAGGCCCAACACCUUCUUUUAGAUGCAGGGCCUCCCUGUCGCCUGGUCUACCCAAAUAAACUCCUUGGGAAAACCAGGGUA